AAAAAAUUGAAGAGGCACCACUACGCCGUCACCUGUAAAGGAAAACAAAAAAAUAAGAAGGCACUGUAGUAUUCCCAGAUCUACCCAAGAGAAGAAGAAAACGAGGAGGAGGAAGAAGGGGGGAGAAGAGGAUAGAACACAUGGAGCCUCUCGCCGCAGCUCUUGUGUAAGCUCGCCCUGCCGCCGUAGCUCUUGUGCCGCCGCAUCUUCUCCGUCGAGCCCACCCUCUCGCCGCAGUUGUUGUGCCGCCGCAGCUGUGGUGCCCCCGCACCUUCUCCGCCGAGCCACCGCUUCCACAUCACCGUUGGAGUGUCGCCGUGUCUAUCUGUCUUGAAGCCCUCCUGCUUUGCUAUGGAGGAAGCAGCGAGAGCGUAUGGCGAGGUUGUGGAGGAGAGAUGAAGAUUCUCAUGAGAUGAGGAAAAGAUAGGCUUUUGCAUGUUAACCGAAGGAGAUAAAAGGGUAAAUGAGUCUACACAUAUUAAAUGAAGUCCUAUUUACGUAUUAAAAAUGAGUUUUUUUCCUAAUUAAUGUUAAUUAAUUAAUUAAUUACGAAAAUAGGGUUGGGUUAAAAGUAUUUACCAAAAUACUGCUGGGUUAACCAUGGUAGGGGUAAGUCGCCCAACGGUUGGGCGACUUAUAAGUCGCCAAACGGUUUGGCGACUUAUAAGUCGCCCAACCGUUGGGCGACUUUCCCUUUAAGUAAAAACGGGGUCCUCCCCCAAACAGAACACUUCGCACUGCAGCCCCAAAUUCCCUCUAGCGCAGCACCUACGGCAGACGAAGGAAGAAGACGACCGAGCUCCUAUCCAACUCCGGCGAAGCUCCAUCUCCAGCCUCCCCACUCCGGAAAACCUCCAUCUUCAUCUUCAACACAAUCUUUACUCCUUAUUCUAGAAUAUGGAUUUCUCAAGCUUCCCACUCGUGUGUCAUUGGGGAGGGAACUAUUAUGAGAAUGGUGGGCAAAUAUGCCAUGAAGGUGGCAGAACGAGCUUUGUCAUGGUUUCUCGUGGCGCUUGCAUGCUCGAGAUCCUUCAAAAAAUACAUGCAGCGACAAUGAUUCAUCCCGGCCGUUCAUUGCGGUUGAAAAUGAAAUUUCCCAUGAACGGGGGAAAGUACAUGCUUAUGCCGCUCAUUGAUGAGCUAGCUAUAACAAAUAUGUGGGGCAUAAUUCAGAUGGAGGAUAUGUCGUCGCUGGAGGUAUACAUUGAGGAAUGCUUUGACGCUAAUGCUACUCAAUCGACAUCAAAUGCUGGUGUAUCUAGGCAUGAUGUCAGUGCAGGGGUGAAUGCAGGGAAGUCGUCAAAGGUUCCUGUACUAGACAUGGUUAUACAGGAGGAUGGCAGGUAUUUGCACAACGGUGCGUCAUUUGUGGAUGGGCAGGGAAGUGAUGAUGAUGCAGACGAGAACAUCAAUGGUGACGACAUGACAGAAUCUGAUGAAGAUGAUGGUGAUACUGUGACACCAACUGCCCCGUCUAGUCACUUCACUAGAAUGUAUGAUCUCCCUGAAGGUUUUACUGAUGCGUGGAUGAGUGGAUCAGGUGAGAAAAGGUUUACCCCCGAUGGUGAGUUUGAGGUCGGUCAACAGUUUGACAACAAAGAACAAGUCAUCAAUAUGGUGAGCUUGUAUUCUAUCAAACGGAACCAAUUCUAUCGGGUGAUAGAGUCCGAUAAACACAAAUGGGUGGCACAAUGCAAAAGGAAGAAAGAAUGUCAAUGCCCCUGGAGAAUACGCGCCACAAAGAACAAAGGCAACCUUGACACCUUCACAAUUGUGCGUUAUUCUGGACCUCAUUCUGCUUCUUGUGUAGGCAACAUCGACACUACAGAUCACGUGGCCUUGACAUCAGAAUUCAUCUGUAAAGAUGUGGUUGACAUUAUUCGCACUGAUCCUUCUCUUAAAGUGCAUACUAUCAUCGAGAUGUUGAAGGAAAAAUAUGGGUAUACUGUAUCUUACCGGAGAACAUGGAUGGGGAAGCAAAAGGCCAUAGCACAAAUAUUUGGCAGUUGGGAAAAGUCAUAUUUCGAGUUGCCCCGUUUCAUGACAGCGCUCCAACAUUCUAAUCCAGGAACUGUUGUUCAGUGGUACCCACCCCCCAAUGGUGCGACAGGUUAUAUGAUGUUUCAAAGAGUUUUUUGGGCAUUCAAGGCAUCAAUAUCUGGUUUUAAGCAUUGUCGACCCGUACUUACUAUUGAUGGCACACACAUGUAUGGAAAGUACAAGGGCACAUUGCUCGUGGCCAUGGGUUGUGAUGCGAACAACCAAAUUUUCCCAGUCGCCUUUGCAGUUGUUGAAUCGGAGAAUGGAGACAAUUGGCCAUGGUUUAUGGCAUGUAUUAGGCAUUUUGUGACUAACAGGGAGUUGUGUGUCAUUUCAGAUAGACAUGGAGGUAUUGUUAGGGCAAUGAAUGAGGUGGGAAGUAAUUGGGAGGAGCCUUAUGCGCAUCAUAGGCUAUGCAUCCGUCAUCUUGCUUCAAAUGUGCACACUCAUUUCAAAGACAUUCAUUUAAAAAAUCUAUUUGUGUGGACCGCACGACAACAUCAGAAAAAAAAAUUUGAUGGUGGGUUCAAGAAGAUAGGUGAAAUGAGUAGGGAUGCACGACAAUUUUUGGCCAACAUUCCUCCAGAAAUGUGGUCGCUGCACCAUGAUGGCGGGUACAGAUACGGUACUAUCACUUCAAAUCUGGCUGAGGUUUUCAAUAGCGUCAUGAAAAAUGCUAGAUAUUUGCCCAUUACCGCCUUGGUCCAGGUAUCUUUUUACCGGGUUAAUGCGUACUUUGUGAAUAGGCGUGAAAGUAGUAAGUUGAGGCUCACACAAGGCCACGAGUACUCCCCAUACAUCACAGAUUUAAUUGAAAAAAAUAGAGAGAAGGCAAAACAUCACAUUGUCACUCCAUUUGAUUUAGGGCGAGGUAUAUUUCAGGUGGAGACCGGUUGUGGUGGCCGAACGUUGGGAAAGGGUGGGAGAAAACAAACUGUCCAUCUACAACGGAAAACGUGCACUUGCAAAAAGAUGGAGAUAUACAAGAUUCCUUGCUCCCAUGUAUUAGCCGUGUGUAGACAACGUAGUUUGUCUUAUGCUCCAUUUGUGGAUAAGUUCUUCUCUUCUGACCAAUACGCCGCCACGUAUCAUAGGGUGUUCAAACCGAUUCCUGAUCGUGAUUAUUGGCCCAAUUACAAUGGACCCGAAAUCGUGCACGAUCCAUCCAUGCUUCGGGCAAAGGGAAGACCAAAGUCGACCCGUAUUAAGAAUGAGAUGGAUGAAGGUCCACGAGGAACGGUAAGAUGUGGAAGAUGCCACCAAACCGGCCAUAAUAGAGCGACAUGUGCAAAGAGAUCAUCUAGACAAGAGGGGGGGUCCGCCGGGUAUGGAGGUGAUAGCGGAUCCUGGGCCGAGUGAUCCUUCUGUCCUGACACUGCAGGCCUCACACAGGAGUGAGGAUGUUUGGCUUGGCAUGGAUGUGCAGGUUGAUAGGUGCCGCGAGCAUCUGCGUGGUUUGUCCCAUUUACAUGUCGACCCCAGAGUCCUAGCCUAUGUUCGUGCAGCAGGUUUUUUUACACUGCACAGGUUAGUGGCUACUGUGCCUUUAGAUAGAGCCCUCCUCACUGCUCUACUUGAGCGUUGGAGGCAGGAGACACAUUCAUUUCACCUCCCUGUUGGUGAGGUCACUGUGACAUUGGGAGAUGUGGCUGUACUUACCGGGUUAGAGGUUGAUGGGAGAGCUGUUACAGGCACUGCUUGUCGACAGUGGGUGGAUGAGUGUGAGAGGUUGUUAGGCAUCCGCCCCGUUCUUAGGGCUGACCUUCAGGGGUCAUCUCUUAGGAUGCCAUGGUUGAGGGAGCACUUCCAGGCCCUUCCUCCCGACGCUGAUGAGAUGAUCAUCCAGCAGCAUGCUCGGGCGUAUAUAUUGAUGAUGAUGGGAGCCUCCAUUUUCGCUGACAAGAGCGGAAAUGAGGUUCAGGUGCUACACUUGCCUUUGCUUGAGAGGUUUGAUGUAGCAGCACAGUUUAGCUGGGGUAGUGCCACCCUGGCUUAUCUCUACAGGCAGCUGUGUCGCGGGUGCCAGAGAGGGAGCACAGAGCUGGGUGGAUUUUUGCUACUCCUCCAGAUUUGGUCAUGGGAGUAUAUCCACAUUGGCCGUCCCAUUAUAGUUGGAUAUCAUGGCAUUGAUGGACAGCCACUGCCUGAUGAGCCUCCACGUCUGCUAGGACCACAUCAUGUACGGGGCGUGGACCCUCUAGGCCGUCGGUGGCUAUAUGCUGGUUUAUCUCGCAUGUCAUCCGCUACUGGCCUCGGUGUGUACAGGGAUGCAUUGGAUCGGAUGUCAGAGGACCAGAUCACAUGGAUGCCGUAUAGACCUGAUAUGUUAGCAGAGUUACCCCCAGCUGGCCGAGAGCAGACUCACAUAUGGCGAGCACGUGUGCCGCUGAUAUGUUUUGACAUUGUUGAGCUUCAUUUGCCUGAUAGAGUCAUGCGACAGUUUGGGUUUGAGCAGGUCAUUCCACGUCCUAUCGACACUUAUGUAGAGCUGCAUAGGCUGGAUAGGCGUGGGAAGCAUACAGAGGAUUGGGCACUCAGACAUGUCCGAUACGUGACUAUGUGGGAUAGGAGAGCUGAGCUAGCUGUGGCUGGGACACCCACAUAUGUGCCAUCAGUUUCAGGAGAUUACAUGGGAUGGUACUACAGCAUCACUCGGUUGUUUGUGUCUCCUUCGUUCAGACUCCCUACUCAUCAUUAUCAGCCUAGCUCAUUGGCAUUGCAUCUUACAACACGAGCUUUGCAGCGCAUACAUCAGCGGGCUACUGCCACUGUGACUGAUAUUCCUGAUGUGGACAUGUAUGGACAGACUCUGACAGGCAUUGCCUCGUUAUGCUCAGAUGUGUUGGGUCGAGUAGACUACGGACAUCUUAUACACAUGCCCGCAUCUCAGGAGAUGGCAUCCACGUCUAGUGCAGCUGCGGCUUCAUCAUCCCAGACGCAACAUGAGAGAGUGGUUCUUCAACCACGACAACGCCGUAGGCGUAGACAUGAGCAGCAACAUCUCCAUGACGAAGCUGAUGAUGGGAACUUGUAGUUUGUCUUUUGUAUUGUAGUUUUUCUUAUGCAGUAGAUGUUGUAGGAACAAUUUACAAGUUUUGAUGUAUUUUCUCUUGUUAAGUAUUCUAUGUUGUAUUGAUGUGUUCGAGUAUGAAUAUUAUAUGAUUAUUUGUUAUGGCAUAUAU